GGAAAAUUGAAUUGCAAGUUAGAUGCUUGUUAAAGUUUCUUUUGAAGAAUAACCUACGUAAAAUGGCACGAAAAGUCUUGUUGAAGGUCUUUAUUCUAAUCGCAAUGUGUGGAUUUAUUGAUGGAGGUGGUGACAGUUCUCCAGAAAGUUCAUCAGAAUCAGUACCAUCUUCACCUGAAUCAGUUUUUGAUUCAUCUCCUGAAGCAGAGCCUGAAUCGGAACCGGAAUCAGAACCUCAAACGGAACCGGAAUCAGAACCUCAGUCGGAAUCGGAAUCAGAACCUGAAUCAGAGCCUGAAUCGGAACCUGAAUCUUCACAAGAUGUGUCAAGGCCAUGCCCAAACUGUAUUCAAGGACAAAAAAAUAAAAUGACUUAUAUAGAAUGGAAACAGAUGAAUUGGGAUCGACCUGGAAGAUCUGAUGGAACAUGUCCAGGAAACAGAAGGAAGCGUAUAAUUGCUGGCGCAUUCUUAGAUCCACCACAAGAGGGAAAUAAAUGCUGCUGUGAACCAAUCAACAGCCCCAACUACCCAGAAGUUAACGUCCCCACUGGUCAGCCAGAAUAAAUCUCUGCAUAAAGUGCCUACAUGUAGUAAAAUGAAAAAUAGUAAAUUCGGAACAUUUUGUAGAAGUAAAAAUUAAUGCGACUAAACCAAAUUAUUUUAAAAUAAAAAAUAAACUUUGAGUAUUUAGGCACGAAACCCAUAAUAAAGCUUUAAAACUGAAAUAUCACAAUUGAAUACGCCAACGUUAAAGAAAUGGGAUUGGUGCUGAAAGCUUCACACUGAAAGCAAUUUGGAUAAAUUAGCAUAUCAUUGCUAUUCUCCCUUCAAAUUGCCUGUUAAGUGAAGAAUGAAAAAAAUCCGUGGGAGCUCUAAGGCAGCGAAUCUAUCUUAGAUUCCUUUUUUAAUAUUGAAUUAUGCUAGAAACAGCAAUUUUCUGUUUCUUUAUGGACGCGUUGCUAAUGUUAAUUUGUCAUUCUAUAUAAACUCUGUCUAUGUUAACAAUGAAGUGAUAGGUAAAACGACUUGAUUUACUCACACAAUAAAUUUCCAUAAAUUUCAAUUUUUUCUUCUACUUCAUCCUAAAAUUUGAGAUUUAUUUCUUCUUUGAUGCGUUAACAGAUUUAUGAUGACAAAUAAAUUAGAAUUAAAUUGUGA